AUGAACAAGAUCUGUUCAAUGCACAGAGUACGAUUAGCCGAGCCCAACGGGGCACCGAUCAUCCAAGCAGAGGACGUGCUCUACCUCGCCCAGCCUCACCCACCGUACAAGAGUCCAGUGCUUGCAGGGCCAAACAUUUACAAAAAGCGAAUAUGUGGACAGAAGCGGGAUCUGAUUCUCCUUGAGACAGUUAAGCUGGCGAGACCAUCCCACCUGGCUUUCAUCAUCCGCAAGGAGUCACCAUGGGAAACUUAUAGGAAGGUCUAUGACUGCAACCUAGAUGGUCCCCUUGAAGUAGCCAUACCGCGGGUUCAUCCCGGGCGACUUGUGGCAAUCAAGUCGAUCAAGAGGAAAGACAUCAACGAGAUACCCCGCUUCUUUCAACGCCUACAACACUCUAGUAUACACAGUUGUCAAGAAUGCUUUUUGUAUCAGGGGUCAGUCUUCCUCCUCUAUGACUAUAUUCCCGUCUCGUUGGACCACCUCGUUGCUUGCGAAGCUCACUUAAACGAAACGGAGCUUGCUGCGGUCCUAGCCCAGGUCGUCGAAGGACUUCUAUAUCUCUCAAGUCAGCGGCUUGAGCAUCCACAAUUGACGACUGUCAAUAUCUUAGCAACAGAGAGAGGAGAGGUUAAGAUCGGUCGGUCCAAUAACCUUCGUUCUGUAGAUCAAGGCUAA